AUGCAAGGAUGCUGGGCUCUCUCGCAGGACGCCACUGGACGAGGACCGCAUUCAAAUGCCGCAGCAAUGCAGCGACAGUCAAGGGACCCAAAAUCCACCAAGUCAACAUCGCACUACGCUCAAAAAAACAUUGGACACUUAUGUUGUGAAAGGGAACUUGAUAUAGAGCGUUAA